GCCAACUAAAGGAAAAUAAAACAGCGCGGCAUAGUUUGAGUAAUACAUUUCUUUUGUUUCAUCAUCGUCAUCAUCUCUUUUUUGCUCGAGCCGUCGUUUAUUUUUAUUAGUUUCAGUUUGACAGCGCUCUGAAGUUAACCUUGCUCUUGGUUGCGCGGUUUAAGCUUAUACACGAAUAAAGCCGGUGUUUCGCUAAUAUAUAUAAAGUUAAUACAAUUAUUUAUUUUCUACAUUCGCUACACUUUUAUCCUUAAUAAAGAUGGGUGACCAAGGAUUUUUGAAGCAAAAGCCUGGUUUUUCCACGAUUGCGAUUCAUGUUGGUCAAGACCCCGAGAAGUGGAAAUCGGCUGCAGUAGUCCCACCUAUUGUCACAUCAACUACAUUUAAACAACCAGCACCUGCUGAACACAAAGGCUUUGAAUAUGGCAGAUCUGGUAAUCCAACUAGAAAUACUCUUGAAGAAUGCUUAGCUGCACUGGAUGGUGGAAAGUAUGGCUUAACCUUUGCCUCCGGUCUUGGAGCAACAACAACUCUAAUUUCACUUUUAAAUAAAGGGGAUCAUUUGGUGUCUAGUGAUGAUAUAUAUGGUGGAACUAAUAGACUAUUUAGAAAAGUAGCUGAAAGAUUCGGUAUCGAAACUACAUUCGUUGAUUUUACAAACCUGGAACUACUAGAAAAAUCGUUUAAAAAAAAUACAAAGAUGAUUUGGAUCGAAACUCCCACGAACCCGCUCCUUAAAGUGGCCGACAUUGCGGCGAUAGUGAAGAUAGCGAAGGGUUACGACGAGAACAUAAUCACAGUGGUGGACAACACGUUCCUGACGUCGUACUUGCAGCAGCCGCUGCAGCACGGAGCGGAUGUCGUCAUGUACUCGCUCACCAAGUACAUGAACGGACACUCCGAUGUCAUCAUGGGAGCCGCCGUGCUCAAUAACAGCGAUCUCGAGAAGAGACUGAGGUUCCUACAGAACGCUAUGGGUAUAGUUCCUUCGCCUAUGGAUUGCUACCUAGUUAACAGAAGUUUAAAAACUCUGGCUCUUAGAAUGGAGCAGCAUAAGAAGUCAUCGCUUGUUAUUGCAAAUUGGAUGCUCAAACACCAACGGAUCGCCGAAGUUAUGCAUCCAGGUUUACCCUCUCAUCCCCAACAUGACAUAGCAAAAAAGCAAAUGACUGGUCAUUCUGGUGUAUUCAGCUUCAAGCAUUCCGGAGGACUGAAAGAGUCGAAAAAGUUCCUAAGCUCCCUCAAAGUGUUCACAUUGGCCGAAAGUUUGGGAGGAUACGAGAGCCUGGCGGAACUGCCUUCUCUGAUGACACACGCUUCGGUGCCCCAAGAACAAAGAGCAGAACUGGGCAUCACGGAUUCACUGAUCAGACUAUCCGUCGGCUUAGAAGACGUUGAUGAUCUGAUCGCUGACUUGGAACAAGCAAUUAAACUAGCAUUUGAAUAAUUUUAUAUUAAUAAUUUAUAUAGAAUUUUAAAGAAUCACAAUUUCGGAUUCUUAUCUAAUAUAUAUAUUUACAAGUUUUUUUCGAUAUA